CCCAAACCAAGAGCUGGCACACCGGCGUCACCGGCUGUUCAUGUUUCGAGAGCAAUGAUAAAUGGGCUGUAUGAUAGGGGCUAGGGCAUUCACACGAUAAUCAAGGGUCACAUCCUUCUGUUACCAGAGGUUGCUACGCGAAGCGUGUGCGGCGCAGGUGCGCAGCUUAUUUGUGGGCAUCAUGUUUUCCUCCUUGAAGAGCAGCUUCACUUCCAACAUUACGAGCAACUACUCGAUCGCGACCAAUCUCACUUCGACCGCCGGGCCAUGGAAGAUAUACGAUGCGACCUCGAAGAAGACCAAGAAGCCAUAUUCGUUGUUCGUGUUUGAUAGGAAGUCGCUAGAUUCUCACGGCAACUCGCUCGGCCGGUCAAGUGCGUCUGCAUUCAAAAAGGCCGCCGAGGAGGUCGUGGAACGAUUAAAAAAGGAGGCAUCAUCUCUAGCCAGGCUACGGCACCCGAGUGUGCUGGAAUUGGUAGAACCGGUCGAGGAAACACGAGGAGGAGGCCUGCAAUUUGUAACUGAAGCUGUGACCGCAUCCCUAAGCAGUUUACUCGCUGAGAAGGAUGACCAAGAAAGAUCUGGAGGUGUUGGAGGCAGGGCCAGCCGCUACGUCACCGAAGAUGCUGAUGGGACGCGGCGCAGGAGGGAGCUCGAGAUCGAUGAGCUAGAGAUCCAAAAAGGCCUACUGCAAGUCAGUAAAGCUCUUGAGUUCCUGCACGAGAAUGCUGGACUGGCACACGGCAAUUUGACACCAGACGCUAUUCUUGUCAAUGCCAAAUCAGAUUGGAAAAUCAGUGGACUGGCAUUCUGUAGUCCGCCAGAAGGAUCUACUAAACCCACGUCGGUACAACCCAUCAGCUUGUCGGAAGCACUCAAUUUGGAUCCGCGAUUGCCCAAACAUGUACAGCUGAAUCUCGACUAUACUUCCCCGGACUUUGUUCUAGACAACAACCUUACCACGUCUGCAGAUAUGUUCUCACUAGGACUUCUAUGCGUCGCACUAUACAACUCGCCACACCAAUCCCCUAUUGAAUGUCACUCCAGCAUAUCAACAUAUAAACGCUUGUUUAACUCGUCUUCCACGGUUCCAUCCGCUUCAAACCAAUUCUUGUCAAAAAGACCCUUGCCGAAAGAGCUAGCAAACUACGUACUGCCACGCUUGAUAACACGGAGGCCCGCCCAACGUAUGACCGCCAAGGAGUUCCAGGAUAGCGAGUACUUUGAUAACAUACUGGUGUCGACGAUACGGUUCCUGGACUCGUUUCCAGAGAAAACGCCGAACGAAAAACAAUCUUUCAUGAGGGGAUUGAACAAAGUUCUGCCAUCGUUCCCGAAGUCCGUAAUGGAACGUAAGGUUCUGCCCGCCUUAUUGGAAGAACUCAAAGAUCGGGAGCUGCUGUCUCUAAUCUUACAGAAUAUCUUCAAAAUCAUCGAGCUGCUACCUUCCGGCAAGCGGUCGUUUAGCGAACUAGUCCGACCAAAGUUAAAGGAGAUAUUUGUCACCAAUGUCAAAAAAGAGCAGGCACAAGAAAAAGAUCCUGCCAGAGAUGCUGGUCUCAUGACGGUUCUCGAGAACACCGACACGAUUGCCGCCAAUUGCUCUGGCAAAGAAUUCAAGGACGACAUAUUGCCAAUUCUGAUGACAGCCAUCGAGUCCCCUACCCCUGCUUUGGUGGAUGUAGCCAUGCGAGGACUCCCUGCUAUCUUGCCGAUAUUAGACUUUAGCACCAUCAAGAGCGAGCUGUUCCCAAUUAUCGCCAUGGUGUUCAGUAAAACAAACAGUCUUGCUAUAAAGGUUCGGGGGCUACAAGCCUUUGUCGUACUUUGUGGUGGCUCGAAUGACCCGUCAGGUGGCAGCGAUGGCCUUGAUGGCUUUGGCGUUGAAAAGAAGAAAAAGACUUCGUCAUCUAGUGCGCUUGACAAGUACACAAUGCAGGAAAAGAUCGUACCCCUGAUCAAAGCGAUCAAGACAAAAGAACCCGCAGUUAUGGUGGCAGCAUUGAACGUACUGCGAAUAGUUGGAGAUGUCGCCGAUGCCGAUUUUGUGGCUAUGGACAUCCUGCCUAUCCUCUGGAGCAUGAGUCUGGGUCCGCUGCUCGACUUGAAGCAAUUCCAGACCUUCAUGGAUUUGAUCAAGUCACUAUCCAGACGAGUCGAGGACGAGCAAACUAAGAAGCUACAGGAGCUCUCUGGAGGGGCUACCAACGGCAAGGCACUGGAGAACGAGGAUUUCAUGGCAUUUGGAGGAGUCACCGGGACACAAUUCGAAUCAACAAACGGCGCCACGGUUGAUGACUUUGAGCGCCUGGUCAAAGGGAAAGCCACAGGUGCUCUGGAUUCGAGUAACCCCAUGGACUCGAAUGGUUGGGACUCGGCAGGCCCUGCAAGAGCUGCCUCACCACGUACAGGUGCGAAAUCACCUACACCUGCAUUCUCGUGGUCUACGCCCAGCCCCACAACCGCAGCUCCAGGGGCAACAGGAGGCUUGGGCGCACCUCCCAAGCCUCAAUCCUCUUUCAGGACGGUGACUCCAGACUUGGCCAACUUCCAGGCACUCUCACCACAAUCGACCCAGUACUCCCAACCUCUGCAGCCAACAAGUGCUCUCGCCAGUCCAGCUACAGCAGCUCCGGCCAAUCCUUGGGCCGCGCCGGCACCCAGUGCAGCAGUCGCAAACCCUUGGGCCUCUUCAGCAGCCAACAACCCAAUGUCCCCACCAGUAACAUCCAUGUCUAGCAUGAGUCUGAAUCAGCAACGGCCGCCCAUGCAGUCCAGCCUGUCGUCCUUCUCGCUCGCGCCCCCGCCAAGCUCCGGCAGCACUCCGUCCGGGUUCAGCCUUCCCAAACCCCCCGGCGGACCUCAGAUGGGCCAGAUGGGACUGACGACAUCAUCGUCAUCAUCAUUCGGCCGAACGUCGAGCUUCGGUAGCAUGAACAACACUAUGGGCGGCAUGAACAGUAUGAACAACAUGAAUUCUAUGAUGGGCUCCGGUAUGGGUGCGAUGAAACCCAUGAACACGGGAGGCAGCAUGGGUAAUAUGAGCAUGAACUCGAUGGGUAGCAUGAACUCAAUGGGCGGCGGCAUGAGCAAUACUAACAUGGGGAUGGGAAUGGGAAUGGGUAUGGGAGGCAUGAGCGGGGCACAGCAACCGCCACCGCAGCAACAGAAUCAGAAAUCGGGGUUGGACAAAUAUGACAGUCUAAUCUAGACAGGUUGACGCCUGUCAUGGUAGGGGGCAUGAGGAUAUGUGAUGAUAUGAGUCAGGUGGGGGGCUUACCAUUUGGAAGUGGAAUAGAAAUUUAGGUAGAUUUGAGCCGAGAGAUGACCAGCGAAACUAUAAUUAUCACUCAACCCGCUCUAUCUACCUACUGUUGUUGCGCAAUCGAGGGACCACCCGCAAUGGUGUGUGCAUUCGUGGAUAUCACUACAAUGAUCACUGAAAUCACUACCAGAUGGUCACUACAAUAGGUUGUGAGACUAUACAAGUAGUCAUUCUCCCUGAGAAACUAUCUAUCCGUGUCCGUAGCAGUGUCCAGUUCCUG